CCAGUUCAGUCUGAGACUCGCACCGAAAGGACUUGUCAGGACACAAAAUCGUGCCAUACCGCGUUGCUUUCGCAGUAUCCACAUCAAACAUCUUUGAAUUUACCUUAAAUAUGUCUACAAUCGUCUGCUGUCAAACGAACCAGAUUACAAUGCACGAUCAACACAGAAAACACUUGACUCUAUAGCCAACGGUUAUCCGGAGGACUUGAUUACAGUCACCUUAAGCCUGAGAGUUUGUGUUGGUACGGCCGCCCCCUCCUGCCUUAGCCAGCCGGUUGCCUGGGCACUGACCUCUCACCACCCACUCUACAAUAAAGGAAGACCUGGGCUCUCUGUCAAGUGUCCCCUGGUUUUACUUUGCUCUCCUUCUCUCGGCCUCCUGUUACCCAACAGCACAUUGUCUCUCUACCACGCACAUCAUUCGUGAUUAGGUUUAAUUUCCAAAUUCUGCAAAAAUGAUUCCCAACGGAUAUCUGAUCUUUGAGGAUGAGAGUUUCCUUGACUCUACUGUUGCCAAAAUGAACGCUCUUAGGAAGACUGGCCAAUUCUGUGACGUCAGGCUUCAGGUAUGUGGUCACGAGUUGAUGGCACAUCGUGCGGUGCUAGCCUGCUGCAGCCCUUACUUGUUUGAGAUCUUUAACAGCGACCUGGAGCCUCACGGCAUCUCCCACGUGAAGUUUGAAGACCUGGACCCUGAGGCUGUGGAGAUCCUGCUCAACUACGCCUACACUGCCCAGCUAAAGGCAGACAAGGAGUUGGUUAAGGAUGUGUACUCUGCAGCCAAACGGCUCAGGAUGGACAGAGUGAAACAGAUCUGUGGAGACUACCUACUCUCCAAAAUGGACUCCCAGAGUGCCAUCUCUUACCGCAACUUUGCCAGUUCCAUGGGAGACUCCCGUUUGCUUGGGAAGAUCGACAGCUACAUUCAGGAACACUUUCUGGAAACUUCUGAGCAAGAAGAUUUUCUGAAACUGCCCCGUCUUAAGCUGGAGGUGAUGUUAGAGGAUAAUCUGACAUUGCCUAGCAAUGGGAAGCUCUACUCCAAGGUUAUGGCCUGGGUGCAGCGGAACAUGUGGGAGAACGGCGAGCCCCUGGACAGGCUGAUGGAGGAGGUUCAAACGCUGUACUACUCGGCUGAUCACAAGCUUCUGGAUGGGAGCCUGAUUGAAGGCCAGGCUGAGGUCUUUGGUGUUGAGGAUGACCACAUCCAGUUUGUGCAGAAGAGGGCCCCGCGUGAGAACGUUCACAGACAGCUGAGCACCAGCUCCUCUGGCAGCCUGUCCCCCGGAUCAGUCAAACAGACUGGCAAACACGAAUGGAAGUACAUCGCCUCCGAGAAGACCAGCAACAAUACCUACCUGUGUCUCGCUGUGUUGAACGGCGUGCUGUGUGUAAUCUCCCUGCAUGGGCGGAGCAGCCCCCAGACCUCUCCCUCGGCCACGCCCUGCCUGCUGAAGAGCAUGAGUUUCGAGGGUCCGCUGGAAGAAAGCCAGGACAGGCUGCUGGCACCCAUGCAUUACGCUCGCAGCGGACUGGGAAUGGCCGCCCUCAACGGCCGUCUCAUCGCGGCCGGGGGCUAUAAUCGGGAGGAGUGCCUGAGGACUGUGGAAUGUUAUGAUCCGAAGACAGACAGCUGGACUUUCAUUGCUCCAAUGAGGACGCCAAGGGCUCGCUUCCAGAUGGCUGUGCUUAUGGGACAACUGUACGUGAUGGGCGGAUCCAACGGCCAUUCAGACGAGCUGAGUUGUGGAGAGACCUACAACCCGAACGCUGAUGAAUGGACUCAAGUGCCGGAGCUUCGGACCAAUCGUUGCAAUGCAGGUGUUUGCUCCUUGAAGAACCAGCUGUAUGUUGUUGGUGGCUCAGACCCCUGUGGGCAGAAAGGUCUGAAGAACUGCGAUGCUUUUGACCCCGUGACCAAAACCUGGACCAGCUGUGACCCUCUCAACAUCAGGAGGCACCAGGCAGCCGUGUGUGAGUUGGAUGGCUUCAUGUACGUGAUUGGAGGAGCAGAGUCGUGGAACUGUCUGAACAGUGUGGAACGCUACAACCCCGAUAACAACACCUGGUCUCUCAUUGCCCCCAUGAAUGUGGCUCGUAGGGGGGCAGGCGUGGCCGUCUACGCAGGUAAGCUUUUCGUGGUGGGUGGUUUUGAUGGAUCUCACGCCCUGCGUUGCGUGGAGGUGUACGACCCAGCUCGGAACGAGUGGAGGAUGCUGGGUAGCAUGACCUCGGCACGCAGCAACGCGGGCGUGGCGGUGCUGGACGACGUCAUCUACGCAGUCGGCGGCUUCGACGGCAACGACUUCCUUAACUCGGUGGAGGUCUACAACCCAGAGACGGACGAGUGGACCCCCUGUUCCGAGUCUUUCUCCGACGCCUGAGAGCCUAGUCGGGGGAGAAAGAGGAGGAUGAGGAGGGGGGGGGGCGCAUCUCUCAAACUAACAGGCUUAGUGACGUAAUCGUGCUUCGUGAUGUCGUGUACGUGAGCCGG